AUCGCCAAAAAGAUUGAGCUUGGGUGAAGUGAAGUGAAGUAAGAGUAGGGAAACCAUGGCAUCCGCUUCUUCAUUUCUACUUACGAUUCUUGCCAUACAAUGUUUAGCAGCUCUGAGUGUUUCACAUGCUACCAGUGUCCAUUUCUUCCUUCAUGCGCAAGUGUGGGCAGGGUCGUUUUGUGGGUCAGAAAAAGGUUGUUGCUUCCCAAACACAGGAAAGGUUUCGCAGGAAUUCACUGUGCAUGGCCUCUUUCCAUGCUCCAGUARUGGRACCMRACUGAUGAACUGUGAUCGAGGCAACUCUUUAGAUCUGUCGCAGAUAACAGGCCUGCU